AUGGUAGAACAAAAAGACAAAGAAAUUAAAGAAUUACAGACUCAGACUUUAAAACUUAAAAAAGAAGUUUAUACCCUCCAUGUUCGACUACCAUUGAAAAAAUCUCUAGAGACAAUAACUUGGAAAUUAACGGCAUACAGGAAAAGUCUGUUUGGACAAAACUUUUGCAACACAAUUAACUCGCCAGUUGCGGACAGCGACAUUCGUGCCUGUCGCCGUGUAGCUAAGAUGGAUCAAUCUUCGAGCAGGCCUCGUUUCGUAUUAGUGACACUGACGUCGCCGCGUAUUUGUGAUCGUAUCCUCGAAGCCGUUAAUAAGUUUAAUAAAACUCAAAGUUGCAAACUAAACUCGAAACACUUAAAUAUUGAGGAGCCAACAAGCAACCCAACAAUCGACUCAACAAUCGACCCAACAGUCGACCCAAAAGUCGACCCAACAGUCGACCCAACAGUCGACCCAACAGUCGACACAACAGUCGACCCAACAGUCGAGCCAACAGUCGAGCCAACAGUCGACACAACAGUUGACCCAACAAUCGACCCAACUAUCGACCCAACAAUCGACCCAACAAUCGACCCAACAGUCGACCCAACAGUCGACCCAACAGUCGACCCAACAGUCGACCCAACAGUCGACCCAACAGCCGACCCAACAGUCGACCCAACAGUCGACCCAACAGCCGACUCAACAGUCGACCCAACAAUCGACCCAACAAUCGACCCAAAAGUCGACCCAACAAACGACCCAACAAUCGACCCAACAAUCGACCCAAAAGUCGACCCAACAAACGACCCAACAAUCAACCCAACAAUCAACCCAAUAAUGGACCCAACAUUCAACGCGACCUACACUCUCAAGACACAACCGACACACUGA